UAAUGAAUGAAGAUGAGAGGAUAAGGGUCAACCAACAUUCGAUCCAUCAUAAAAUCUAAUCCACUUCUUUACUAAAAACAAGGAGAGCAAGCGAAAAAGCUUGAACUACUUUAAUAUCUGGCUUUCCCUUACCCUCCUUCCCCAGUCAGUCCAGCGAUCAAUUGAUUAUUCGUUCCUCGCGUUAUUAUCCUCCUUUUCGUCGUCAUCAACAAAUUGACUUCUCCUUGAAGCUUAUCAGGAAGCUCUUUUCGCCUUCUCCCAAUCAGCUCACUCCCGAUAAAAGGAAAAAGGCCUCUAAGCAGGACCCGAAUCAACCCCCCACGAUCGGAACGCCCACACACACUCCUCAGCUCAUCACACCUCUUUCUAAGCCGUCGUACGCGUGGCCGGCCCGUCCAAUCGUUUUCUCUGCAUCUUCCUUUACGGUUUUACGGUUAUUCAGCUUGGGCUGCGCGCACCAGCGAGGCUACCAGGAGGGAAUAUCCACCCGCUUCGAACAAGGUCUUUUUGAAUCGGGGGCCUCGUCACCUUUCGUUACAAACAACCCAACCUUCGUUACAGUUUUUGGCUUUUUGUCGUAGUCUAAGGGACUGGAAACUUUGGAAGGAAGGGAGACAGAAAAGGGUUAAUUGCCUUGUCGAUCGAUCGUUUGCGACAUAAAGCUCUCUUGUCUUGGAUCACUAUCUUUAUACUACGCCCUAUCCGUUCGAUCUUUUUUUUCUUUCUGGAAAUCUUCUGGUAUCGUCUAUAUCGGCCCACCAUGCGCUCGCCAAUCUCGCUCCUCAUCUUGCUCUGCGCAUUCAUUGCUUCAGCAUGUGCUGCUGAAGUUCACAUCUCGAAUAACAGAGCUCCCACAUCUCAAUUCGCGACACAUGGUGUUGCUUCCCAAUUACCUAACCGCGACCGAGACAUUCACCCUCAAGACCGCGCGCGACAAAUCGCCUUAUCGCCAAUGAUCGGCUCAAGCGCGAAAGUAUCCAUCGUCGAGACCGCGUCUCUCAAUGUCAAGGCCUUUGCGCAUGGCGGCAUGAGCUUCCUCUUUGGUCUGGCAUCUUCUUCCAACGACGUACUCGAUUACAUCAACAACGGUACCAACUCUGUGUUUUCACGCUCUGUCACCAGUGAAGAAGGCAGUGGAGCUUCAGGGCGAAAACACGUUGCUUACACUAGCGUCGCCCUGGUUCUCGUCAUGCUCUUCUUUGCUGUGUGGAUGUGAAACAAGAACAAACACACAGAGAUACAGCACUCACUCUUUUUUCGCGCGCAUAUUAUGAUACCCCUACCGGAUUUGGCGUUUCAUCUGGGUCGGCUUUUUUGCAUUGAUUAUUUACUCAUUAUUUACUUUCUCGCACUUCGGUGCUGGUCCUCUGAGUGGAUGCUGGUUCACGGUUUGGAGAAACAUUCCUUGGUGGAGCUGGGCAGCUGUGCUGCAUCCGGAAGAGAGUGUUGGUUGAAUGGGUGGACGCAUGGAUGAAUGAUUAUGGGUUGACAACUAAUGAUGGCUACGUAAUGACGUGUUCGGAAUAUGAUGUACAUCACAUCAAGGGUUAGGUUGGGCAUACUCCAGGGAGACAGAAAACCUCCAACAUCUAGCUAGGAUGCCAAAAUAAACUGGUCUAAAACCCUACUAAGAUAUACCAAACUUACUUCCAGUCUAUUAAUCACGUAAACAGAGGUCCCGAGCUUUCUUGCCUCUCCAGGCAUAUUCCAAGGACUACCGAUAAAGUAUAUGGGGAGGAAAUCAAGCACAGAGUUGCAGUCAGUUUCUUUGCGUUUUUGAUAGAGC